UCCUUCUUCCUCCGGCAGCUUCGUUAUCAUCGCCACCGCCGCUUUCUCUCUCCUCUCCCUCUCUCUCUCUCUCUCUCUACAGCCAUGCAAUCCCUCCAAUCUCCGCCCCUCCGCGUCUCCCCGCUCGACCCCCUCCGCCGCAAAUCCCCCAAUGCCUCCCCCGCCGCCGCCGCCGCCGCCCCCACCCCCCGGCGCGUCGCCCUCCCCGCCGUCAGGUCCGCCGCCGCAGCCCCGAGGCGGGAGAGGGACCCGAGGAAGCGCGUCGUCGUCACCGGGAUGGGGCUCGUCUCCGUCUUCGGCAACGACGUGGACGCGUACUACGCGAAGCUGCUCGCCGGGGAGAGCGGGAUCAGCCCGAUCGACCGCUUCGACGCCUCCAAGUUCCCCACCCGGUUCGCCGGGCAGAUCCGCGGGUUCUCGUCGCAGGGGUACAUCGACGGGAAGAACGACCGGCGGCUCGACGAUUGCCUGCGCUACUGCAUUGUCGCCGGGAAGAAGGCGCUCGAGGAUGCUGAUCUCGGCGGCGAUAGGCUCUCCAAGAUCGAAAAGGAGCGAGCCGGUGUACUUGUUGGGACAGGUAUGGGUGGUUUGACUGUGUUCUCUGAUGGAGUACAGAAUCUAAUCGAGAAAGGUCACAGGAAGAUAACCCCCUUCUUUAUUCCUUAUGCCAUAACAAACAUGGGAUCUGCCUUACUUGCCAUUGAACUUGGUUUCAUGGGUCCAAAUUAUUCCAUCUCAACUGCAUGUGCCACUUCCAACUAUUGCUUCUAUGCGGCUGCCAAUCACAUCCGUCGGGGUGAGGCUGAUCUGAUGAUUGCUGGUGGAACUGAAGCUGCCAUUAUUCCCAUUGGCUUGGGUGGUUUUGUUGCAUGUAGAGCCUUGUCUCAGAGAAACGAUGAUCCACAAACUGCAUCAAGACCUUGGGAUAGAGAUCGAGAUGGUUUUGUCAUGGGUGAAGGAGCAGGAAUUUUGGUAUUGGAGAGCUUGGAGCACGCAAUGAAAAGAGGUGCACCGAUUAUUGCUGAGUAUUUGGGAGGUGCAGUUAACUGCGAUGCUUAUCACAUGACUGAUCCAAGGGCUGAUGGACUUGGUGUUUCCUCUUGCAUUGAGAGGAGCCUUGAAGAUGCGGGUGUGUCACCAGAGGAGGUUAACUACAUAAAUGCACAUGCAACUUCAACUCUUGCUGGGGAUCUGGCCGAGAUUAAUGCCAUAAAAAAGGUGUUCAAAGACACCUCAGGGAUCAAAAUAAAUGCAACCAAGUCUAUGAUUGGACACUGUCUUGGUGCUGCUGGAGGUUUGGAAGCUAUUGCCACAGUGAAAGCAAUCAUGACAGGGUGGCUUCAUCCCAGUAUUAACCAAUUUAAUCCUGAGCCCUCUGUGGAUUUUGACACUGUCGCAAACAAGAAGCAGCAGCAUGAAGUGAAUGUUGCCAUAUCAAAUUCAUUCGGAUUUGGAGGACACAACUCUGUGGUGGCCUUCUCAGCGUUCAAGCCUUGAUUAUGCUGGACCAUUGUUACGGGUAACCUGAAGAUUCAUCUCAUUCGUGGGAGAUUCCGGAAUUUAUUUCUCAUUGAGAGCUGGCUUAUCCGCUAAUAGUUUAGAUUUGCCAGAUGCCUUGCAUGUCAUUCGCAGUUAUUCAAAAAUUAGCAGCUGCCAACUAGGGGAAGAACUAAUUAUGUCAUUUGUAUCUUUAAAUAGAAGCUAUCUACUAGUUGCAAGAGAUUUUGUUAAAUUUUGGGUCAUCUUUUGGCAGAGGAUAUGCUUUACGUUAUUUAUUAAGUGAUGAGUUAUGAUUUUGCAUUUUUUA